GGAGUCUCCCAGGACAACCACAAACUUGUUGUGCAGCAGCUGCUGGACGUCUGACGACGAGAAAUGAACCAUGUUUCGAUUCCCUUACCUCCCCUGGCACUUACCGACUUGGAGCUCCAGCUUUGCUCAGUCCGCCGCCCUCGGAAGAGUCCGUCCCCCACGUGCUUGGGAUGCUCCAGCCCGACGCUCACCCCUAUUUAUCUAGCACCAGCGAAAGAGAGAAGAGAUCCGGGAGGGCAACCUGGAGGUGGAGGAGAUGGAGGAAGCUGAAGUUUGAGCUGUACAGCAUGGACUGGGACCUGAAGGAACCCCUGCGAGACUGCCUGGUGGCUGCAGCUCCUUAUGGGGGCCCCAUUGCUGUGUUGAGAAACCCUUGGAAGAAAGAGAAGUCACCCAGCAUUCGACCAUUACUUCAGAUUUAUUCGUCCUCUGGAGUGGCUCUAGCCAGCUUGCUGUGGAAGAGUGGGCCGGUAGUGUUAUUGGGCUGGUCGGCAGAGGAGGAGCUGCUGUGUGUGCAGGAAGAUGGCUCUGUGCUGGUCUAUGGGCUGCAUGGUGACUUCCGGAGACACUUCAGCAUGGGCAAUGAGGUGCUCCAGAACCGGGUUCUGGAUGCCCGGGUAUUCCACACGGAGUUUGGGUCAGGGAUCGCCAUCCUCACUGGUGCCCAUCGUUUUACACUCACUGCCAACGUGGGUGACCUCAAGCUGCGUAGGAUGCCAGAGGUGCCAGGGCUCCAGGCUCUACCUUCAUGCUGGACAGUUUUGUUCCAAGACCGAGUGACCCUUGUGCUUUUAGCCAUUGGUCCUGACCUCUACCUGUUAGACAAUACAGCCUGCUCAGGGGUGGUACCCCCUGGUUUGGCUCCGGGAGUGAGUGGCUUCCUCCAGAUGGCUGUGUCCUUCAAUUAUCGAUACCUGGCAUUAUUCACUGAUACGGGCCACAUUUGGAUGGGCCUGGCUUCACUUAAGGAGAAGCUGUAUGAGUUCAGCUGCAACAUUCGAGCCCCGCCCAAGCAGAUGGCCUGGUGCAGUCGUCCAAAGAGCAAGCAAAAGGCUGUUGUGGUGGCCUGGGAGCGACGGCUUAUGGUAGCUGGUGAUGCACCUGAAAGCAUCCAGUUUGUACUAGAAGAGGAUUCAUACCUAGUGCCUGAGCUGGAUGGAGUCCGGAUCUUCUCACGAAAUGUCCAUGAGUUUUUGCAUGAAGUUCCAGUGGCCAGUGAAGAGAUCUUCAGGAUUGCUUCUAUGGCCCCAGGAGCCCUUCUGCUAGAAGCUCAAAAGGAAUAUGAGGCAGCCUCCUUUGGAAAGUGUUUCGUUGACAAGUUUCCACCAGACACCUUCGUGCGCAUGUGUCAGGACUUGAGGGUGCUGAAUGCUGUGCGGGACUAUCCCAUUGGAAUCCCCCUCACCUACACCCAAUACAAGCAGCUCACUAUUGAAGUUUUGCUGGACAGGCUGGUGUUGCGGCGACUCUAUCCUCUGGCCAUCCAGAUCUGCGAGUACCUUCGACUUCCUGAGGUUCAGGGUGUCAGUCGCAUCCUGGCCCACUGGGCCUGUUACAAGGUGCAGCAGAAGGAUGUGUCUGAUGAAGAUGUUGCUCGUGCCAUUAACCAGAAGCUUGGGGAUACGCCAGGGGUCUCCUACUCCGAUAUCGCCGCCCGCGCCUAUGGCUGCGGCCGAACUGAGCUUGCCAUCAAGCUUUUGGAAUAUGAGCCGCGAUCUGGGGAGCAGGUGCCACUUCUGCUGAAGAUGAAGAGAAGCAAAUUGGCCCUGAGUAAAGCCAUUGAGAGUGGGGACACAGACCUAGUGUUUACAGUUGUAUUGCACCUAAAGAAUGAGCUGAAUCGUGGAGAUUUCUUCAUGACCCAGAACCAGCCUGUGGCCCUGAGUCUAUAUCGACAGUUCUGUAAGCACCAGGAGCUGGAAACACUGAAGGAUCUUUACAACCAAGAUGACAAUCACCAAGAGCUUGGCAACUUCCACAUGCGGGCCAGCUAUGCUGCUGAGGAGCGGAUCGAAGGCAGAGUUGCAGCCCUUCAGACUGCAGCUGAUGAGUACUACAAGGCCAAGAAUGAGUUUGCUGCUAAGGCCACAGAGGAGCAGAUGCGGCUCCUGCGGCUGCAGCGGCGCCUGGAGGAUGAGCUGGGGGGGCACUUCCUGGACCUGUCCUUGCAUGACACCGUGACUUCCCUCCUCCUCAGUGGGAACAACAAACGUGCCGAACAGCUGGCCCGGGACUUCCGAAUCCCUGACAAAAGGUUCUGGUGGUUAAAGCUGACUGCAUUGGCUGAUCGGGAAGACUGGGAAGAGCUAGAAAAGUUUUCCAAAAGCAAAAAAUCACCCAUUGGGUAUCUGCCCUUUGUGGAAGUGUGCAUGAAGCGACGCAACAAAUUCGAGGCCAAGAAGUUUGCUGCCCGAGUGAGCCCUGAGCAGAAAGUCAAGGCUUUCCUCCUUAUCGGGGAUGUGGCACAGGCUGCGGAUGUGGCCAUCGAGCAUCGCAAUGAGGCCGAGCUGAGCCUCGUCCUGUCCCACUGCACUGGGGCCUCAGACGGAGCCACAGCUGACAAAAUUCAGCGUGCCAGGGCCCUGGCUCAGAGGAAGUGAGGAGCCCUCCGUCACACCCCUCCCUGUCUGCAAGCCUCUCUCUGAAGUGGCUUUGAAGGGGUAGGGGGAGCAGGGUGUGGUUGAACUGUAAAUAAAGUCUAAAUACUCCACA